AUGACCUCUACCUCAAAUACUCCAUUUGCGACACCUGGAACCUCUACACCAGACACUAGACCAGGUACCCCCAGCGGCCAGCAACCUACCCCAACAAGUGCGCCGGCAGAUAACCAGCUACAAGAUGAUAGCUCGAAGCUGCGAACCUUUUUGAGCUUGUUAAGAAAAUUUAUCGGCGUCACAGAUAUCGCCAAUGUCCGUUUCUCUUUGCCAUCACAAUUGCUGGAGCCUAUACCGAAUUUGGAAUAUUGGCACUAUCUCGACAGACCUGAGACGUUUGCAAGUAUCGGCACCUCAGAUAGUGAUGUUGGCCGCAUGCUAGAAGUCCUGCGCUUCUGGUUCACAAAAGAUCUGAAAUAUGUCAAGGGAAAGCCGUGCAAGCCAUACAAUUCCACGUUGGGAGAGUUCUUCAGGUGUCAAUGGGAGGUUCCAGAGCCUGCGCCGUCAAUAUCCCAACCUUCUAAAGCCCCUCCACAACCACCGGCGGACCCGUCUGGCCAGGGCAGUGACAAGCCGGUACGAAUAUCGUUCUUGACCGAGCAGACAUCACAUCACCCUCCCGUCUCAGCAUACUGGUAUGACUGCCCAGAGAGAGGCAUCUUUGCGCGAGGCUACGACCAGAUCUCUGCAAAAUUCACGGGCACAUCCGUCCGUGUCGUCCCGGGCAUGUAUAAUAGGGGCAUCUUCAUCACUUUAGCCAACCGGGAUAACGAAGAGUACCAGCUCAUCCACCCAGCCGCCUCUCUGGGAGGCCUGCUUCGCGGGUCGCUGUAUAUUUCCGUGGCAGAUACUUGCUCCGUAACUUGCCCGAAAACGGGGCUUAAGUGUCUGCUGACAUACGUCGAAGAGAGCUGGUUUGGUAAAGCCCAGAAUCGCGUCCAUGGCCUCAUAUUCCGCUAUGACCCCAACGAUGAUAAGUAUACCCGGGUCAAGGAUGUGCCGGAAAAGGACAUUCUUGUGAAGAUUGAAGGGUGCUGGCAAGAACGGAUCACCUACACAAUUCCUAAGACCGCGGCUGUCGAGGAGACCGAGGGUCUCGAACCCACGUCAGAUAAGCAGCUUCUGAUCGACUUGCAGCCAUUAAUGCCAAUCCCCAAAGUCACACCACCUUAUGAAGAACAACUUCCUCACGAAUCUCGGUCAUUCUGGAAGGAGGUCACAGACGCGAUUCAAGAAAAGAGGUAUUCCGACGCAACUCGAAUCAAGCAGGACUUGGAGCAAGCUCAACGCGACAAGGCAGCUAAACGGAAAGAGCUGAAUGUCGAGUUUAAGCCACGAUUCUUCACCACGGUUACUGAGCCGAACGGCAAGCCGGAGCUCACUGAAUACGGCAAGGCUACGCUCGAGAAUAUGCACAAACAGACGUAUCGACUCGAACAUAUCCCCGAGGCAGGGGUCGACGAGUAG